AUGACGGCCCCUUCCUCGAGCUCUGAUGGAACCUACCCCUCCAGCGACAGCGAUACCGAGAGCAGCACGACAAACUACGGACACUAUGGCUAUUCGGGAGAGGAGCCUGUCUAUCGCGAAGGCUCGCUGACUUGGGCUAAAUCCACGCUGAAGGAUGAGGAUAUAAUCACUGUUACCAAGGAUGAGGGGAACGAAUACACCAUCUUCAGUCUGGCGCCGGCAGAUCCUGACGGAAAGGGCCGCCUUUAUGAACUGCGAACAACGUUUGCGACGCUGCUCCCCCAGGCAUUCCUUGAUAAGCAUCUUUUUACGACUCUGCCGCAGCAUCUCCUGCCACCAAACACCCUACAUGUCCUUAUCUCGACGCUGUCAGGAACGGGCCUGGCGCCGGACUUUUUUGAUGAAGUCUUACACCCACUUUUGAAGGCAGUAGGAUUAGCAGACCCUAGUUACGUUGUUCUGCGGACCAAGAGUACAGAAUCAGUCAAGGAAUUUGCCAGAUCACGCCUGCUGGCUGGGGCCAAUGCGGGAUCGGAGCAGACUGUGUUGAUGCUGAGCGGAGAUGGGGGGAUGGUGGACACGAUCAAUGGGCUGCUGGAAGAGGAGUCAAGAUCAAGCAACUACGUCCCUCCCGUUCUCUCCCAACUACCACUCGGAACCGGAAAUGCCCUCUUCCACUCCCUCCAUCGACCCUCUCCCCUGCCUUCAAUUUACAUCCAAGGCCUACGAACACUCCUCCACGGUACACCUAAGCCCCUCCCCAUAUUCAAAGCCAGAUUCUCCCCUGGCGCGAGACUUGUCACAGACGAAGGGCAAACAGCGACUGCUCUUUCGAAUAACACGUUGUACGGAGCAGUAGUAGCGAGCUACGGUCUCCACGCAACGCUGGUAGCAGACUCCGAUACCACGGAAUACCGGAAACAUGGAGACAAGCGCUUCGGACUGGUCGCUAAAGAUCUCCUCUUCCCCGAAGGCGGAGAGUCUCCCCACGCAUACAAAGCGGACGUUGCACUGGUGAAAAGCGGCAAAGACGAGGUAGUUGGUACCCAGGAACAUGGCUACGUCCUUGCAAGUCUGGUUUCGAAUCUCGAGAAGACAUUCGCGAUUUCUCCGGCUAGCAGACCACUGGAUGGACAAUUACGCGUGCUUCAAUUUGGACCGCUUGGUGGAGAGAAGACUAUGGAUGUUAUGAAGGGGGCGUAUGCCGAUGGGGCUCAUGUGGAGAUGGAUGAAGUGGGAUAUGAUGCUGUUGAGGGGUUGAGGAUAAAUUUCCUCGAAGAGGGAACGGAGUGGAAAUGGAGGAGGUGCUGUAUUGAUGGCUUGAUUGUUGGGGUGGAAGAAGGUGGUUGGAUGGAGGUGCAGGUCGUUCCACGAGGGGCCGAGGCCGUGUUGGUUGCGAGUGAUGUUUAA